AUGCCAUGUGCCCAGAGAAGCUGGCUUGCAAACCUUUCCUUUCUGGCCCACCUCCUUAACUUUGGGACGCUCUGCUAUGGGCAACGGCCUCAGCCAGGCACCGUUCGCUUCCUCGACAGGAGGCAAGAACAUUUUAUCCAGGCCCUGCCCGAGUACCAUGUGGUGGGUCCUGUCCGAGUGGAUGCGAGUGGGCAUUUCAUAUCCUAUGGCUUGCACCGUGCCAUCACCAGCAACAGGCAGAAGAGAGAUUUGGAUGGCCCAGAUGACCAUGUGUACUAUAGGAUUAUGCACGAGGAGAAGGACUUGUUUUUUAACUUGACUGUCCAUCGGGGAUUUCUUUCCAAUGGCUACAUUGUGGAGAGGCGGUAUGGGAACCUCUCUAAUGUUAAGAUGGCAGCUUCCUCUGGGCCACUCUGCCAUCUCAGGGGCACAGUUCUGCAUCAGGGUACCAGAAUUGGGACUGCAGCCCUCAGUGCCUGCCAUGGACUGGUCUCCAUCUAUCCUGUAUCUGUAGAGUUUGGCUUUGAAGAAAUAGUGUAG